CGGACCCCCAUUGCUUUAACAAGUGGUUCUUCACUCAAUUGGGUAUAGUAAUUAAAACAGAAAUUGCAAAGCCUCUCCUAAGUAAGCCCUUUGUCAGAUCCAUCUAAGAAUGGCCGUCUCCGCAGAUGCAGCUGUUGUGGAACUUCUUGAUAGCAGUAACUAUGUGGAUUGGAGUGUAUUGGUUAAAAAUUACUUGUUGGCUCAAGACCUUUGGGAUGUAGUGGAAGAAGAAUAUGAAGACGACGAUGAAGAAGAAGAAGAAGAAGCUGAUGAUAAGUUCAAAGCUUGGAGGAAGAAGAAUGCCACGGCUUUACAUAAAAUCCAAAUUUCGUGCGGGCGGAAAGCCUUUUCCCUCAUUAGAAACGCCACUUCAGCCAAACGCGCUUGGGAUACUUUGGCAGAAAAGUUCAAGCCAAAACCAUUUCAUCCAAGAUAUGACGAGCGUCUGUUUAAGCCGUUAUUCGAUGCUACGAGGCUUGGGGAUUGGAAUAAAGCAAAGGAGUUUCUUACCCUACAUCCAGAUGCAAUAAGAGCAAGACAUCCGUACUCAAACAAGACAGCUCUUUACAUGGCAACAGAACUAGAGCACGAGCAUAUUGUGGAAGAGUUGGUGCAGUUGAUGUCCGAGGAAGACUUGGAAAUAACAGAUAAUUAUGGUUGGACAGCUCUUGCUCUUGCUGCACAAAGAGGAAAUAUCAAAAUGGUUGAAUGCAUGGUUGGAAAAAGCAAGAAAAUACUUAGCAUUACCACUAACCAGAAUUUGACUCCAAUUCUCUUGGCUUCUAACAAUGACCAAUGGGACGUCGUUCAUUAUCUUUACUCCGUCACUCCCAUCGAGGAUCUAAUGCCAGAAAAAGGCCCAUACGGCGCGGCACUUAUUUACUACUUUAUAACUGGAAGGAAAUUUGGUAUGGCUCGGGAAUUAAUUCGGUGUUGCCGACAAUUGGUCCUUACUAAAGACCACUAUGGGGCAUUUCCGAUAGAAGCAUUUAGGCCUUCUGCAUUUCCGAGUGGAACACGCCUCAAAUUCUGGCAACAAUGGAUCUAUGAUAGUAUACACAUAGAUUGCCCCAUCAAUGAUAUUCGUGUAAGUGUUCAAAAUGAAGGAAAUGAAGAACAUAAUCGAACAAAGAUCGCUUGGUCAGUGCUAGGUUUCUUGCAAGGUCUGAACACAAAUCUCCUUGAAAUUUUGGGAAUCAAACGCCUACGAGAAAUGAAAUUGGCCCAUAUUGAAGCCCUUGAACUCCUAGAUAAUAUGUGUGAAGUGACAAAACAUUCAGAUAGCGAAGACUUUCUCUUUCCGGCAGUUUUCCGAGCUACCGAGCUAGGAAUGUUUGAGUUUAUUGACCGUGUAUUGCAAGCAAGACCAAAUAUCGUGUGGGCGUGUAAUUCAAAGAGAAGGAACCUUUUUCAGUUUGCCAUUGAAUGUCGUCAAGAAAAAGUUUAUAACCUUUUUUAUUAUAAACUCAGUAAAAGACGAAGAACUGCGAUUGGAAAUAUUGUAGAUCAGGAUAACAAUUGCGCGCUACAUGUGGCAGGGACGCUUUCACCAUUAGCAAGGCUCGAUAAUAUCUCAGGUGCAGCUUUGAAAAUGCAGAGAGAACUACAAUGGUUCAAGGAGGUCGAGAAUAUUGUAGUACCCUUGAUUAAAGAAUCUUUAAAUAAGGAGCAUAAGAUGCCACGUGAGAUGUUUACCAAGAAUCACAACCAAUUGGCGAAGGAAGGAGAAAGAUGGAUGAAAGAAACUGCAUCUUCAUGUACAGUUGUAGGUGCUCUCAUUAUUACCAUCAUGUUUGCUGCAGCAUUCACAAUUCCCGGUGGAAACAAUGGACAAACAGGCUUCCCAAUAUUCCUGCAUAAAAAGUUGUUUAUGGCUUUUAUAGUUUCAGAUGCUGUAUCCCUCUUUUCUUCCACAACUUCGGUGUUGAUGUUUUUGGGAAUCCUUACAUCACGUUAUGCGGAAGAUGAUUUCCUUAAAUCCUUGCCAACAAAGAUGAUAAUAGGCCUUUCCACCUUAUUCAUCUCUAUUGCCACCAUGAUGGUUGCCUUUUCUUCUGCCCUUUUCAUUAUGAUCCAUGAACAAUCGUGGAUUGUUAUUCCAAUGAUUUUCGUUGCUAGUGUUCCAGUCACCUUAUUUAUUUGGAUGCAAUUUCCUCUUCUAGUUGAGAUGUACAUUUCUACUUAUGGACGAGGAAUAUUUGACAGGAAAGUGAAAUCAAGGGCAUAAAUUCUUCUACUUGGAAGAGCAAUAUUUGAUAGGAAAGUGAAAUCAUGGACAUAACUUCUUGAUGGUACG